AUGGAAAACCGUACAACUGUGACAGUAUUUAUCUUAGCAGGAUUGACACAGGACCCCAAAUUGAAGAUUGUGUUAUUUAUCUUCCUACUCCUCACCUACUUGUUAAGCAUCUCAGGAAACUUAGUUAUCAUUACUCUCACUUUGCUGGAUUCUCAUCUCAAGACCCCUAUGUAUUUCUUUCUUCGAAAUUUUUCUUUCUUAGAAAUUUCUUAUACGACAGUCUGCAUUCCCAAAUUGCUUGUGAGCAUGGCAACCGGUGACAAAACGAUUUCCUAUAAUUGUUGUGCAACUCAGUUAUUUUUUGCCUUCCUUCUCGGUGCAUCUGAAUUUUAUCUCCUGGCUGUCAUGUCCUAUGAUCGUUAUGUUGCCAUCUGUAAGCCUUUGCAUUAUACGACCAUUAUGAACAGCAAAAUCUGUAUCCAGUUAGUCCUUAGCUCUUGGAUCACUGGUUUCCUCAUCAUCUUUCCAGGACUCAUUUUAGGCUUAAGCCUGGACUUCUGUGACUCCAAUAUCAUCGAUCAUUUCUACUGUGACACUGCUCCCCUCUUGCAAAUCUCCUGCACUGAUACACAUGUGUUGGAAAUGAUGAGUUUCAUCUUAGCUUUGGUGACUCUGCUGGUCACUUUGGCAUUAGUGAUUCUAUCAUACACAUGCAUCGCCUUGACAAUUUUAAAAAUUCCUUCUGCCAACCAGAGAAAAAAGGCUUUCUCCACAUGUUCUUCUCACAUGAUUGUCAUCUCCCUCUCAUAUGGCAGCUGCAUCUUCAUGUACAUUAAACCCUCAGUCAAACAGAGGAUAUCCUUAAUGAAGGGAGUGGCAAUUCUCAAUACUUCUAUUGCUCCGCUUUUAAACCCCUUCAUUUAUACUCUAAGGAACCAGCAGGUAAAGCAAGCAUUUAAGAACUUCCUACAAAGAUUUCUGAGUUACAGCAGGCAUGAAUAG